AUCAUCUAUCACUGGGAUACGAUCUCACCGCAUACACAGAUCAACUUGGAUCUGUUUUUGGAGAUCGUCGACUUCUGUAUGGAUGCAAGCUAUUUUGUGUUCCGCAACCAACACUACCUACAAGUGGAAGGUACGGCGAUGGGUAAUCCGGCCUCACCAGUACUAGCGGACUUCACGUUGGAAGUUCUCAUCAACACUGUGAUACACCAGAUCAGCUGCCCAAUCACUGUGCACAAAUACGUCGACGAUUUGUUUCUUAUCGUCCCGAAGAACAAAUUAGAAGAGGUUCUAGCUGCCUUCAACUCGUAUCACAGCCGUAUCCAGUUCACGCAUGAGGAGGAACGAGAGGGACGUCUACCAUAUCUGGACAUGACCUUGGUAAGGCAGGCUGACAACAGCAUCCGUACCGAGUGGUACAUUAAGGACAUUGCGUCGGGCCGUCUCUUAAACUUCCUCUCCAUCCACCCCCUCUCCCAAAAGAUCAAUAUGGCAUCAAACUUUAUUGAUCGUGUCCAGCAACUCACAACAAACCAAACUACAGCUGAAAUCAACAAAACCAUAACCAAGUACCUUACCCUAAACGACUAUCCCCGCAGUCUGAUCAAUAGAUGUCUGAACUGCAAAAUCCAAAACAAACCCUCCCCCCAAAUCCACCCCUCCACUUCGCCUACCAACACUACCGAAAAGAUCUAUAGAUCUAUCCCAUACAUUCCUGGUCUUACACCCCGUAUCACCAAACUACUACGCCACGAAUGUCCAAACGUAGUAGUCACAUCCCGAAGUACGUAUACUGUAAGUAGUCUAUACACGCGGAUCAAAGAUGUGGUCCACCCGCUUAACCAACACAAUGUCAUAUACCGUGUGAAUUGUAACAACUGCGACAACAAAUACAUCGGCAUGACCAGCAAUCUCCUAAAAACAAGAUUGUCUGGACAUCGUAGCGAUGUCAACAGAUUGGACAAACUGCUACAAUCUGGACACAGCUACACCGAUGUAGAAGUACAAGCGACAAGGGAGAAGACAGCUUUGAUAUCGCACUGUAUCGACACUGGCCACCGUUUCGAUCUCACACAAGCAGAGAUAUUGGACCAAACCUUUAAGAGGUCGUCUCUCUCACUCCUAGAGAUGAUUUGGAUCCAUAACACCCAAGACACGGUCAACAAGAGGACCGACACGGAUGGGCUGAACAGUACGUAUGCUGGCAUACUACACGUAUUACACAAACACAGAACAAACCCCAAACAAAAUAACACAAACACACAAUAACAACAACCCACCCUACAGUUAGCUACAAACAGUUGUGCAGUGCAAACUACCAAACAGUAAAUGUGCAAAACAAAUCAAAAUCCAGGACAAAUACUGAUGUGCAGGAACAUAAACAGACGGUUUACACAUAUGACAAAACAAAACUUGACAAAGAACAACAUCCUUUGAUCCAGUGAAGAAGGCUUCAAAAUAUAAGCCGAAACGUCGGUAACGAAGGGAAACGGUUGUUACUUUUAUUCGACGGACUGAAAAGCCAAAUACGAAGAAAACUGAAAUUUGACAGUCGUUGCGAAACAAGUUGAAAAUUGCAAAAUGGCCAUAAAUGCACAUCAGAGCUAUUACGAUUAUAUUGACCAACACUACGGUACAUUUGCCACUGAACAACAUAAGAGCUACGCUACACAGAACAGAAAACUCGCACACAUGAACACACGCAAAACGUUUCUAAUCAACUGCAGAAGAAACGGAGUAUACCCUGCACACAUAACCAACACGUUCAGGUGUGUCUACGAGCUUCUAGAGGAGAGAAGUCCCUACAUCACCAAACUGCACAACCUCAUAACCCGAUUCAAACGAUCUCUUUUGAAUAUUGAGAUAGAGCACACUUUUUACAAAAUAAAGACACUUAACCGAGCAAUAGCUGCAACGAGAGCAUACAUCGUUCACCACACUGAAGCAGAAAACCACAGCAUGUUCAUCUUCUCACAGGACAUGGCUUACAACAGAAUCUUGGACCAGAAAACCAAACAAACCAACAAGAAGCUCACCAACCUCAUCUCAAAAAUGCAGUCCAGCAGCACACCCAACUUCCCCUCCCAGAACGCGAAGGCUAUCCUGAACGCAACCUCCAAAACAAUCCCAAAAGAAGCUGAAAUGCUGCUCAGCUUAAGCCCACGUUUCGCACUGCCUUUCCACAACAUCGCACACACACCGCUAUACCACCUACUUGCUGAAACAGAAACAAUAAUAAAGAUGGAAAACACCAAAAUAGUCCAAGACCGAACCAGAAGUAACAUAGCAAAUGUAGUUCACAACUACAUCAACGGUUUCAACUCAACACGACACAGCGAGUCCAGCAGCAAAAUACUCGCACAAGCACGCUACGUUACAUCGAAGUUCCUCAAAAGUAACGAAGACAUAUGUGUACUCCCAGCUGACAAGGGCAACCGCACUGUAGUCAUGUUGGUCGAGGAUUAUGAACGGAAAAUGAAUCUGCUUUUGAGUGAUACUACCACAUACACCCCUAUAAAAUCGGAUCCCACGCACAAGUUUCAGACAACCAACAACAACAUUGUAAAGAGACUGAAGGAUCUGAAACUAAUAGAUGACCGAACCGCUGCACGCUUGAGGACAUAUACUGCUACCUGUCCACGCAUCUACGGUCAGCCAAAAGCGCACAAGACGGAUCUUCCGCUGCGCCCGGUGGUUCCUGGUAUGACGGCUCCAAGCUACCAACUCUCCAAGUACAUCUGCAGCAUACUACAAGCUUCGAUCGACUCGAAGUACAACAUCAAGGAUUCUAUCAGUUUCGCCAGAUACAUCAACACGCUAACCAUCCCACCCGACCACAUGAUGGUGUCUUUUGAUGUCGUUGCUUUGUUUACCAACAUCCCUCGGGGGCUGGUUGCACACGACAUCAUCUAUCACUGGGAUACGAUCUCACCGCAUACACAGAUCAACUUGGAUCUGUUUUUGGAGAUCGUCGACUUCUGUAUGGAUGCAAGCUAUUUUGUGUUCCGCGACCAACACUACCUACAAGUGGAAGGUACGGCGAUGGGUAAUCCGGCCUCACCAGUACUAGCGGACUUCACGUUGGAAGUUCUCAUCAACACUGUGAUACACCAGAUCAGCUGCCCAAUCACUGUGCACAAAUACGUCGACGAUUUGUUUCUUAUCGUCCCGAAGAACAAACUAGAAGAGGUUCUAGCUGCCUUCAACUCGUAUCACAGCCGUAUCCAGUUCACGCAUGAGGAGGAACGAGAGGGACGUCUACCAUAUCUGGACAUGACCUUGGUAAGGCAGGCUGACAACAGCAUCCGUACCGAGUGGUACAUUAAGGACAUUGCGUCGGGCCGUCUCUUAAACUUCCUCUCCAUCCACCCCCUCUCCCAAAAGAUCAAUAUGGCAUCAAACUUUAUUGAUCGUGUCCAGCAACUCACAACAAACCAAACUACAGCUGAAAUCAACAAAACCAUAACCAAGUACCUUACCCUAAACGACUAUCCCCGCAGUCUGAUCAAUAGAUGUCUGAACUGCAAAAUCCAAAACAAACCCUCCCCCCAAAUCCACCCCUCCACUUCGCCUACCAACACUACCGAAAAGAUCUAUAGAUCUAUCCCAUACAUUCCUGGUCUUACACCCCGUAUCACCAAACUACUACGCCACGAAUGUCCAAACGUAGUAGUCACAUCCCGAAGUACGUAUACUGUAAGUAGUCUAUACACGCGGAUCAAAGAUGUGGUCCACCCGCUUAACCAACACAAUGUCAUAUACCGUGUGAAUUGUAACAACUGCGACAACAAAUACAUCGGCAUGACCAGCAAUCUCCUAAAAACAAGAUUGUCUGGACAUCGUAGCGAUGUCAACAGAUUGGACAAACUGCUACAAUCUGGACACAGCUACACCGAUGUAGAAGUACAAGCGACAAGGGAGAAGACAGCUUUGAUAUCGCACUGUAUCGACACUGGCCACCGUUUCGAUCUCACACAAGCAGAGAUAUUGGACCAAACCUUUAAGAGGUCGUCUCUCUCACUCCUAGAGAUGAUUUGGAUCCAUAACACCCAAGACACGGUCAACAAGAGGACCGACACGGAUGGGCUGAACAGUACGUAUGCUGGCAUACUACACGUAUUACACAAACACAGAACAAACCCCAAACAAAAUAACACAAACACACAAUAACAACAACCCACCCUACAGUUAGCUACAAACAGUUGUGCAGUGCAAACUACCAAACAGUAAAUGUGCAAAACAAAUCAAAAUCCAGGACAAAUACUGAUGUGCAGGAACAUAAACAGACGGUUUACACAUAUGACAAAACAAAACUUGACAAAGAACAACAUCCUUUGAUCCAGUGAAGAAGGCUUCAAAAUAUAAGCCGAAACGUCGGUAACGAAGGGAAACGGUUGUUACUUUUAUUCGACGGACUGAAAAGCCAAAUACGAAGAAAACUGAAAUUUGACAGUCGUUG